AGAUACAGUCGGAAAGGGGAAGAAACGAGUCUUGCCUAUUGUAAUAAUUGAUUUUCAUGCUGCUAAAAUUGAUAACAAAGCAGUCGGCAAGCUUUAAGGCGCUCAAAUUAGCUGCCAACACAUUUUUAAACUAGUUUAGACCACCGUGACCACACCACCACGCCCAUAGUGCACCGUGAAAGAAAAGGUGGCCGGAAAAGUGUCCCACAGAGCCGUGUGAAGAGGGUGCCGUGCCGGAUUUGUUUUAUUUGCCACCGAAACCGUACAAACUGGAUGACGCUAGAGUCGGCGGUGCGGUCAUGGAGUACUACGCCAUUUUCAUACCAAACAACACGUCCAACUUCGCGAUUAAAAGCUUCUACAACGAUAAAAUCGAAGCGCUGGGUGCUUUGAAGCUGCACAAAGAUGCACGUAUGAAGGCGUUCUCGACAAGCGAAGAGGCAGUCUACUUCUACCUGCACGGGCCAUCCGAAGGAGCACCGGGGGGUACCGUCGGUGGUAGCGGGGGUGUUGCUGCAUUAGGUGCGCCCGGUAGUCCGAUACCGUCCGCCGAGCGUAAGGUUCCGAAAUCUCCCUUCGUUGGACCAUCGAGCCAGAAGCUGGUCGCCUUCCGGAAGCUGAUCGAAGCAAACAACAUCGACGAGGUGCGCACAAUGAUACAACAGAACCCACGCUAUCUGAUCAGUUCCGGCGAUACGCCAACCAUCCUGAAGGAAGGGCCGCGGUACAACGCGCUGCACAUAACGGCCAUCGAAGGGCGGAGCGAAAUUUGUCGCCUCAUACUGCAAACGAUAGAAAACCCUUCCUACAUCGAGCUGCUGCACGGGCAGCGCACGUCCUCGACCGACGAAGUCACUGCCAUACUGCUCGACCUCUACCUAAACACGCCGGACAAGUGCCGGAACGAGACGCCGCUCCAUUUCGCUGCCAAGCUCGGCUGGGUCGCGGUGGUAAAGGAGCUGAUUGCAUUCCCCCAGUGUCUGGUGAAACCGAAUGCGGACGGGCUGUACCCGCGGGAAAUUAUCUGCAGCCGGGCAAAGCAGGCCAACAAUACGCCCGAAACGCGCGACGCCAUUAAUGCGCUUUUGCAGGAAAACUUUUUCGUCCCGGUCAUACGCACGGAGGACAAUAGUUUGCCACCGAUUGUGGGCGAACCGUUCUCACCGACCGAGCUGCCGCAGCUAAACGAACCGAGGGACAAGCUGACCGCCCGGCGGGAAAUUAAAGCUUACGCCGGCCCGAUGGAUUACGAGAAGGCGCAACGGUUCUGCAAGCGAUGGAAAACACCGCCCCGGUUGAGAAUUGUCGGUGCGGGCAGGGUGCAGAGCGAGGGCAAGCUGUCGGACAUGCGGAAAAGCUCGACUCCGAUCAGGGCGGCUGCACGGCGUCUGUUUGCGAACCGAUCGUUCGAUGGAAGGUUGGAGGAGGGUGUCGGUGGUGGCGAAGGGCAGCAACAGCUCAACACGAACAACAACAACAACACGCUGCUCGAUUCGAGCCUGGACGAAAGCGUCGUUGAACCGAUAGACGACAAGCUCAUUGCCGACGAUAAUGGCAAUCACUUGCGCAUGGCUGCGGUACCGUACACGCCGAAUCGGCUGUUCUUCUCGUACCGCAACCAUCUGGCGAACAACAGCUUCGACACGGACGGUUCGUACUGUGACAAUGAGCUGGACGAUGGCAACAUUAGUUACGUGUGCGACGAAACACAAACGCUGUACGGGAAGUCGAACGUGACGGAAUCGCCCUCGUUCAAGGAGCGGUCCAUCCGCCUCACCGACCCCUCGAAAGGGAUCGAAACGGUGGGGCGCAUGUUGGCCAAGAAGGAGCAGGUCGGUUGGAAAGAGUAUUGGAAGUUUUUGGGCACCUUCUGCGACGUGGAGGAUGCGAUGGGGCUGUUGCUGCUGGAAAAAUACCUUGCGCAGAAGAAGCAACAGCUGGCGGGCGGCGGACACCAGCCAGAUCAACGGGAGGGCAGCGUUUGUGCGGCCAGUCCCGGCGAACCGUCACCGCCGUGCCAGAAGGAACGAUCGUUUGCCGACGAGCUGAACAUGAUCUGUGAAUCGACGGAAAAGAUGAGCCUUAACAUGGCCGACGAGCUGCAGCGGACGCCCGUCUCGAACCCGUACCGCUGUCUGCUGAACUCAUUGCACGUGUUCGGCAUACGGUUGGUAAAUAAUAUGCUCAAGCCGACCGCCAAGAGCAGCGUUGCGGAAACGUUCCAGCUUCAGAUCCGGCAGCUGGAGAAGCUGCUCGAAAACUACCGCAACGACAGUGCCUUUCGGAAGAUUGAUUUCUCCAAGGUGCACGCACUGUUUGCGUACUUGAUCGUAACGAAUGUGCCACACAAUCGGCCAGCCACCGGCAGGGAGGAACGGUCCAGCGUAUGGAAUCUAUUGGCGCGGGACGAGUCGCUUAACGAACCGGCCCGAUGUAUCGCCAAGUUGCUGACGCAGUUUUCGGUCGACCCGUCGCUUUUGGCUGCCCCGCUGGACCUUGGCGACCUGGCCGAGAUGGAACAGCACGCGAAAACGUUCUGGGAGAGCAAUGCGCACAUUGUGCCCUGCGGUUGCCGUACCGAUGCUUCCCCAGCGCAGCAACACCACGCCAACGCCGGCAAAGGUAUUCUGGAGCGAAUGAACAAGCGGCGCGAAAAACGUGCCUUCCGGACCACGUCCACCUCAUCGUCAGCGUCGGAAGCGGCCACCGGGCCGGUGGCCGAGAUGGUGGUUGACUUCCACACAUACCGCAGUGGCGGAUCGGGGCGGGAAUCGGCGGCACAACUUAACGGUUCCCUCGAAGAGGACGAACGAUACUACAGCUGUAGCGAUUCGGAGAACGAGCAGGACGAUGAUACAUUCUUUACGCCACCCUCCAGCCCGAAAGCACUGCGCAGAGGAGAGAACGAUCACAACGGAAACAGCGGUCCGAAGGAAACAGCGAACCACGCGCUGAACAUGGUGGACGAUGUAGCGGCGACGAAUGGUGUGUUGGGACGGAGCAUGGAGGAGGAGGAAGAGAUCUACACAGCAUUCCUUGCCGGUUCGUUGCCGACCCAGGAAGACUUGGACGUGUGGAAUGUGCUGAAGAUGGUCGACGUUGAUCCGCAGACCUACCCGCACGUGCACGGCUGGAAGUGUGCGAUGAUGGAGUAUAGCUCGUAGCGGACAUUAAGCGGCAACCCUGGUGCCGCAGGUGCCGUUUGAAGGUUGGAUGUCUGGAAUCUCGCGAAUAAAGUAAAGUGUGAAAGAAUUUGUUAGACAAAAGCAUGAAAUGCUGCGGAACCAAAUAAAUUCCUUAAUUAUUAUUGUUUUUCGAUCAGACAACCAACAAAA